GUAUCCACUGCAUAGAAACCAAUAACAACAAUCUUGAAUCCUUUAGCGGCAAAAACAAAAGGAAGGGAUUAGCAAUAACUCCGUUACUAAUAUUUAGCCUUCGAGAUGGCCACUGGUGACCUGAAGGGAUGUCUCAGAAAACUGGAAGCGUCUCUUCGGUCUCUGAAGUAUCCCAGAGAUGUGGAUUAUCAAAGAUUGGCUGUUGGAGAUCCAUCAGCGUGUCUUCCUAUUGUAAGCUUUGCCUUCACGUCCUUUUCCCCCUCACUCACAGAGUACCUGGUCGAUUUUGGCGUGGAACUAACCGGAAUGAAUGAUUUGCGAUUUAUUGAGAAUGUGUACAAGGUCUUGCGGGAUGUUUUCAGCUAUAAACCACUGUUGACCAAACAGCAGUUCCUUCAGUUUGGGUUUGCAGAGAGGAAAGUGAGCAUUCUCUGUGAUGUCAUUGGCCUUGUUCUCAGCAAACACAAAGAACUCACUAAAAAUAGCAAGCAUCUGAGUAAGCCAAAGAAAAGGCCUGUAUUGAAGAGCUGUGUUAAAAAUGAAAUUCCCUCUGAUGACAGUAACUCACAGGAAUUAACAGCCCUGAUGAUGCCUCUGAAGCAGCCACUGGUAGAAAGGCAUCUUGGCGGCAGCUCGGCAGCAGCUCAAAUCAGACACUCCUCAGCUGAACAUCCACAGCAGGAAGAGGAAUCAGAAAAGGAGUUAGACAGUGAACGGUUAGAGGACUCAUCACAACCUGCUGAAUCCACUGAGUGUGUGUUGGAAAGCCGACUGAGAGUUCUGGAAGAAGGUCUUCUUGAGACUGUUGGCAGACUAGAGCAACGACUGGCUCUCAUGGAGCUCAAGAUACAUGCUCUGGAAAAAAGCUUGGCUGGCAAGAUCAUCAUCGAGAGCAACCAGUGGGAGAACUUGGAGAGUCGCGUGCUGCUGCUGGAAACCAGGCUGGCGUUGACCUCAGCACAGGGUCUAACAUCAGGAGAUGGAAUCCUCAGCACACAAAACAAUGAAUUCAAAGAGGAUACAGUAUCUGCAAAUGGCUCUUCCGCUGUGAUUCAAACAUCACUUGAUGACAAUGACAAUGGGAACAUAGCCAGUCCUUUACCAACAGCUUCACAGAGUUUUAAAGAAAGGCUGGACAGAAUAGUUUAUAUGAUGAAGGAUACAUCUGACAUUCUACAAAAUGUAGAGCCAACAAUGUAAAUCCGAUCAGAGUUUAAAAUCAAUUGAUAUUCUGUCAAUAUUUACUCACCUUCACUUUAUUCCAGACCUGUGUGCUGUUAGUGUGCUGUGUGUUUGUUUAGCUCUAUAAAAACCAUGUAGCCACUAUGCAUAAUAUGCUGCAUAUAUUAAAGGUUUACACACAUAUCCCGUUUUUCAAACAAAGAAUGUGGUCAACCAAAAAGUUGUAUCUUGCUGAAGAUCAAAUAUGGCAAUUUUUUUGCCAAUUUUUGCCAAUUUCAUCAAUUAUUUUUGACAAUUUGAUCAAAUGUGGCAAAUUUGAUGUUACUUUUUGGUCGGACUUCAAUGACAUCAUCAGUCAUCACUGUUUCUCCUAUGUCACGUGACAAAAUAUAAUCAGUUGCACGUGUGGCAGUUUCUGUUUGCCAAGUAGGUGAUUUUCGCUGGAAAAAAGCUACAUUUCCGUUUGUUUGGCUAUUUUUUUUAUUUAAUUUUUUUAAAGCAUAUUUGUAGAAAAGUGUAAGUUUUGCCGGUUUUGGAGCUUGACGUGGUCAUUAUUAACAAAGAAAAAGGCCUGAAUGAAGUUUUUUACUGGAUAAAUACAGCGACAUACAAUACUGGAAUGACACUGGGGUGAGUAAAUUUUAUAGUUUUGUUAGGUGGUGAACUGUUUUUCGCUUUAAAAUACCUUUAAACCGAUCCUCGGUUUGCAUUGACCAAUAUUUCGUGUAUUGACAUUCAGGAAUGAAUUGACAUGUAUUCUAGUCAUCUGGGUGGCCUCUAGAUGUCACUGCUACCCAAGUAAAACUCUAAAACCUAAUGUUAAGUUAGUUUACGGCGCCCUCUGAGGUCAGCUUUAUGUAUUACGUCCUUUACGUCAGCCCAUUGUCAUCCAACAACAUUUAUCUUUUAUGUGAAUAUGAAGUAGCAUUAUAUGACGAUGUGCCUUAAUUUUGUGACUUUUUUUUUUAAAUACGCACUGUGAAAAAGAGGAAUAAAGUCGGAAUGUAUGAAGUUUAA